AUGUCCGUGUUGAGCUGUGUCCUUACUGCGCUAAUCUUGCUAAGCGUAAUCCUCCUCUUUGCGUUGUUGAUUUACGCUCUCUACAUACUUUACGUACGGCGUAAGUACAAAGAAAUCCCAGGUCCACCUGUAGAACGAUUCUUCUCCGGCCAUGUCCCGAUAUUCAAUCAAGGACGCCUUAGAGGACUUAACUUUUAUCAAAUUCUUUGGGAGAUUUCCCAGGAGUAUAGCCCUGUGAUUCUCCUGUGGUACUACCAUAUCCCAUUCGUUGCUCUGUGCGGGCACGAAUUGACACGACAAGCGCUGCUGGAACUUGAUUUACCAAAAGCGGAACAAGUCUACCAAAGUCUGAAGUUUGUAUUUGGACAGAGAGCAGCGCGGGAUGGGAUUUUGACGGAAUGUGAUCCGGAGAUCUGGAAGCGAAAGAGAGGGAUGCUGAGCCCUGCAUUUCACAGACUCUGGUUCAAGGAUUCUAUGGGGAUGUUUAAUGCUGUUUGUGAUAAGUUUUUGGUGAAGUUGGAGGGAUACGCUUCGAGUGGGGAAGCUGUUGAUUUAAGCGAGAUGUUUUCUCGGGUGACGAUGGAUGUGAUUGGCAAGGUUGGAUUCAACAAUGAUUUAAGAGCUACCGAUAACGAUAAAUGUGAAUUCCGUGCGGCCGCCUACACCUGUCUGAAGGGAAUGCAGGAAAACAUGCAGGACGUGCUGUGGCAAUUCAAUGUCCUUAAAUACCCACUGCAUCACAAGGCAAGACACGCCGCCAUAUUCCUACGAGAGUUCGCUGCAAGGGUUAUAGCUGAAAGAAGAAAUGCCCUGCGGAAAGGAGAGACUACCCCGAAAGAUAUCCUUGCCCACAUACUGCGCAUGUCAGAUGGAGAUAAGCCAAUCGCAGACGAGGAAAUGAUCGAUAAUUUCCUGACAUUGUUCAUAGCAGGUCAAGAAACAACAGCCAAUCAGCUAGCGUUUACUGUGUACGAAAUCGGGAAGCACCCUCAGAUUGAGAUGAGGAUACAAGACGAGGUGGAACGCGUCCUUGGCGGGAAAUCGCGCGUCGAUUACGAGGACCUCAACCUCCUCAAGUACGUCAAUCAAACUUUGAAGGAGAGCCUGCGAUUACACCCUCCAAUCAGCGGACUCUCGCGCAUGACAACUAAAGACAUAACUCUCAAUGACGUCAUUAUACCAAAGGACACGUGCGUUAUACUGAGUCAGUUCGUAACCCACAGGGAUCCCGAAGUUUGGAACGACCCCGACACGUUUGACCCCGAAAGGUUUGCACUUGAAAACGUUGGGAGAAUAUCGAGUUCCAUGUAUUUCCCGUUUUCUCUGGGACCAAGAAGUUGUAUUGGAAACUAUCUAGCGCAGUUUGAGGCCAAAGUGAUAAUGGCCAGGCUGUACCAGCAGUUCAAGGUGGUCUUAGUUUCUGGACAAAAACUUGCAUAUGAAGAGACCGUGACAACACGCCCGAGGGGGGGAGUGUGGUGUCGGGUGUUGAAGAGAAAUAAAGACUACGUUGAUUGAGGGGAGAGGAAAAACGGGUAAUAUAGAGACGAGAAACGGGCGUAGCAGGGGGUGAGGAUCUGGGGGCAUGUGCCCCCCAAUCUUUUAAAAAAUUAUAAGGAAAUGAAAAGAAGGGGCGUGGCUGUGCCCCCCCCCCCCCCCCGAUAUUUUCUUAAUGGUUCUGCAUUGUGCACCCUGGGGGUAGUUUUCUGUAAGCAUCGAAUAUAACUUUUUGCCUUAAACUUUGUUAACGUCGCCUUAAAUUCAUUUUUUUGGCAAGAUGAUUAAAGUCGACAGACUUAACAUUUUCGCUAAAUAACCGAGUUUGAUGUUUUGACCAAAAAUGGUGCAUUUAAGGCAAUGUUAACUCACUUUAAGGCAACUUUUAAAAUUUCAACUGUUUUAGCUUAUGUUCCAAGCCUUAAUACACUUGAGUG